GUUAGCAUCAGUAACGGUUAUAUAGUGGAAUCGAAUGGUAGGUUCAGAAUACUGCGUCUAUAACUUUCAUAUUGUUACCGUUAUAAAAUGAAGUAUUAGUUGUAUUUAUGCUUCACCUUCUUAAGAAUAAAUAAUAAUCAUUACUGAACAGUCUUCAAUAUUGUGUUUGUUUUAUUAAAUAGUUUAGUUUGCUAAAUGUCAAAAGACAAUGUAUUCAUCGGUAGCUAAGUAUACAAUUAUAUGUUUUCUAACAUUCACAAAUGUCCUUGGAAGUUCCAAAGUUCAACAAAGAACCAAUGAAACAGAUUUCCCUCCAUUGUUGGAAUCGAUUUUAUCCUAUAUGGCUGAAUCUAAUGAAUGGGAAAGUAAAGAGCCAAAAGACCACAAAUACAUCCAAAAAGAAUAUGAUUUUAUUGUAAUUGGAGCAGGAAGUGCCGGAGCUGUAGUGGCAAGUAGAUUAUCAGAGAUCAACGGAUGGGGUGUUUUACUAAUAGAAGCUGGACAAAAGGCAACUCAUAUGAUGGAUAUACCGUCUUUGGCAAUUCAUUUACAAACCACAGAUGUUAAUUGGAAAUACUCUACAAUUCCAAUGAAUAAUUCUUGCUUAAGUCUUGAUGAACGACGAUGCAAGAUACCAAGAGGAAAAGUGAUGGGUGGAAGUAGCGUUUUGAAUUUUAUGAUAUACAACAGGGGUAACAGAAGAGAUUAUGAUAAUUGGGCUGCAAUGGGCAAUGAAGGUUGGUGUUACGAUAACGUGCUUAAAUAUUUCUUGAAAUCGGAAAGGGUCAACUUGUCACAAAAUGAGGAAAAGUUUCAUGGUAAAAAGGGGCCUUUAUGGGUUUCUGAUGUCAAAUAUAAGUCAAAAGUAGCUGAAGCUUUUAUUAAUAGUGCGUCACAAAUUGGUCAUCCUAUCAUAGACGUAAAUGGCGAAAAACAAAUAGGAGCAAAUUAUUUGCAGGUUACAAUGAAAAACGGUCGUAGAUGGAGUACCAAUUCAGCUUUUUUGUAUCCAGCAAGUAAAAGAAAGAAUUUACACGUAAAAAAAUAUAGUACAGUCACUAAAAUUUUAAUUGAUUCAGUCUCAAAAACAGCAAUUGGAGUAGAAUAUGUGAAUGGACAUAAAAAAUAUAGAGUUUAUGCUAGAAAAGAAGUUAUAGUAUGUGGUGGUGCAAUUAAUUCACCACAAUUGCUAAUGUUGUCAGGCAUUGGACCUGAAGCUCAUUUGAAAGAAAAAGGCAUUCCUGUAUUGAGUAAUUUACCAGUGGGUGAAAAUUUAAUGGAUCAUAUAUCACUUGGUGGACUUUUUAUUAUAAUAAAUGAGACUAUAUCAAUGAAAUUAAACAGAUUAUUAGAAGACCCAUAUUUUAUUUACAACUAUACUACAGGUGAUGGUGGUGCUGCAUCGUUAGCAGGUGGUACAGAGGCAUUGGCUUUUUUCGACACUCAAAGAUUAAAUGAUCUAAAUGGCUAUCCAAAUCUGGAAUUGCUUUUUUCCACGGCAUUUACCGCAGCUGAUGGAGUUCACAGAUUAUUUGGAUUACGAACAGAUAUUUUUGACAGAGUAUAUUAUCCUAUUAAAGAUAAAGACAGUUUUAUAGUGUUUCCAAUGGUCAUGCGACCUAAAAGUAAAGGUCGUAUUUGGUUAAGAGAUACGAAUCCCUUCCACCAUCCAUUUAUUGAUCCUAAUUAUUUUUCAAACAAGGCCGAUUUGGAUGUGAUAGUUGCUGGCGUUCGUAUUGUUCAGCGAAUGUUAAAGACAGACGCUAUGAGAAAACUUGAUGCCCAAAUAUUGACAACUCCGUUGCCUGGUUGUACCAAAUACGUUUUUGAUUCGAACGCCUAUUGGAAAUGUGCAGCCCGACAAAUUAGUUAUUCUAUGUAUCAUUUAUCUGGUACAUGUAAAAUGGGACCAGUUGGUGAUCCCACUGCGGUAGUUGAUCCUAGGCUUCGUGUUCAUGGUAUCAAACAUCUUAGGGUUAUAGAUGCAUCAAUAAUGCCUGAAAUUCCAGUUGGUCACACAAAUGCUCCCACCAUUAUGAUUGGUGAAAAAGGAGCAGAUAUGAUUAAAGUAGAUUGGAAUAAACUAGUUUGAUUGAUAUUUCCCCCACAGAAGAUAGGACGAAACAACAUAAUUAAAUUAAUUUACAAGAUAAUAUUAUUAUAAUUUAAAUAACAAUGAAAAGUUUUUUUUUGAAUUUACUUAUUUUUAUCAUAAUUUAAAAUACUUUUAGUGAUGAGUAAUUGUUAAGAUCUAUUAGAGCUUCAAACUCUAUUCUUUAUUGGAUGUAUGUAUUAUAAUUCCUAUUUAUAGACUGAAUUAGUAACAAAUGUAUAAUCAUUAAGUUUAAAACUAGUAAAGAAUGAAGUAAAAUUUGUCUGGACAAUAAUAUUGGUGGCUUUAUUAUUAUAAUUAUUAUUUAUUAUUUUAUUUUUAUUUUUUGUUGUAUAGCUUUUAUGCAUCUCUUUUUGUCGAUUUACUUAAAGUCUAUUUAUGCUGUAUAAUUAAUAUAAUCUAAGAGUUCAAGUAAAAAUAUUAUUUUUUCUUACAAAUAAGUAGAUAUUAUUGACAAUUUUCAUAAUUGUAGUGAUUUUACGAUAGUAAUUAUUGUAACUACUAUCGCAAAAAAAAAAUUAACCCUUAACUAGUCACCAUCGAAUAAUUACACAGACUGUGACGUCGGGUCAUAGUGACCCUUAGUUUGGAUUUUUGAAGUUUUACUUAAUUUUGGAUUAAACUGAUUAAUAAAAAAUAACUUCAUUUCAUAAAUUUUGUAUUUCACUUGUGUAUUGAAAAAAAAUAAUGAUAAAUUAAUGAAUAAGAAUAAUCAACAAGAUGAUGAACAAUAUCAAGAAGUGCGUUUAAUGUUUUAUAAGGACCCAU